AUGUAUCAUGCCCAAACUAGUGGUCAAGUUGAAGUGGCUAACAUUGAACUUAAACGAAUUCUUGAAAAGACGGUUAGUGCUUAUCAUAAGGAUUGGUCUGUAAAGUUGGAGGAAGCUCUAUGGGCGUACAAAACUGCGUUAAAAACAACCAUAGGGACUUCACCGUUCAAACGAGUGUAUGAAAAAUCAUGUCACCUACCUGUUGAGAUAGAACAUAAAGCUUAUUGUGCAAUUAAGAUGCUUAAUCUUGAUCUUAGUCUUGCAGGUGAACACAGGCUGGGUCAGAUGAAUGCCUUGGAGGAGUUUAGACUGGACACGUAUGAAAAUGCGCGGAUUUUCAAGGAAAAGACAAAAAGGUGGCAUGAUCGUCUGAUUAAGCCAAAGGAGUUUCAUGAAGGGGAUAUAGUCUUACUGUAUAAUAGUAGACUCAAAUUGUUCCCCGAAAACUUUAAGUCUAGAUGGACGGGACCGUAUGUGGUGAAACAUGUAUCACCAUAUGGGGCAAUUGAGAUCUAG